ACUCGAUCAGUUUAAUUUAGAAAAGAGUAUCACGCAUUUGAGUAAAAUAAACAUAAACCACCUGCAGUCCAAGCUGGAGUUGCUAUUAUCAUGACUAAGAGUUUCCUCUCUAAAUAUAUCAUUCUCUAUAGCACCAUUAAUAUUUAUGUUCAUUCUGCUUCUUGAAUGAGUGGUUUUAUUAAACCAAGAGGAGGGACAACUAGUGGGCUAUUUGAUCCAAGUCUUCUCGAUGCUUACAUGGAGUACAAACCCCACAUAUUUUUCAUUACUGGUUUCACUUGAUUUGGGGUUGUCACUGGGUUUCCUCUGCUUGGGAUGUUCUCAUCUCCUGGAUUAAUGAACUCACUUCCUCAUGGGAGUCUUGCCAGACCUUCCAGGCUACCUGAGGGUCUCCCCAUCAUGCAAGCUCACAACACUCCGUGCUUCUUUCUGCCUCAUCCCAUUUCUCCCAACUGUCAUGAAAGAGUCAAUUCUGUCAUUACUGUUUAAUGUUUUUUUCUGGUAAAUCAUGAGACCCAUAAUGGCAAAGACUGUGUCUAGCUUGUUCACUGCUGUCUCCUUAGCACUUAGCUCAGUGCCCAGCACUUAGCUCAGUGCCCGGCACUUACCCUGUACUCAGUAAACAUUAAUUGAAUGAAAACACACUAUCCUGCCGGAGACUCUUGCCCAUGUUCCUAUUCACAUCUUUUGGAUCCCACUGCAGAGGAGACUGAAUUUCAGAGAUGAAUUUUUAUUUCUAAAAUACAGUUUGCAAUUGCUUUAGGUGCAUCUGUGACAGAUGCAACAAUUUGUCACAAAACUGUCUCAGCUAUUCUUUCAAUAGCACAGUCUUCAGGAUUGAAGCGUUAAGUUUCCAGCUCUCCUGCAAAGAAACUCUUUGUGACAAAGGCUGAAUCCUUAGAUAUAACCCUGACCUUAUCAGACCAUUUAUUUCCCAAAAUAUAACUAAGGGAAAGACAAUAAGAUGCCAAUACACGGAGAAGUAUAAUGAGACCAUUUCACACUGUGCAGCCAUAUCCAUGGGUCCUAACCCAUACAGUCCCCUUAUUUCCAGAUUUGGUAACAUUCUGGUGCCUCUAGGUCUUAGUUCAGCAACAGUACCACUAAAAUGGACACGGUGGUAGUGUUCAUCCACCUGAGGUCUUUAGGCCAGCCCAGCCUCAUCUUUGAAAUUUUUGUGAGUGCUUCUAUUUACUACCAGAGACUGAGAACAGGGGAAUGGCUGGUUGUCAAAUGUUACUCUGGCCUAUAAUCCCUGGAUCCUAGACAUGUGACAUGGAAUGGAGUGGGAACAGAGGGAAAUGCUCUGAGCAGGAAGUAAAGCUUGUCUCCAAGUGUACCCAGAAUGUCUGUUAUUAUCAUACCUUCUAUAAUCUCCUACAUACAACUCCCCCAGUUUAAUCUCUGGUAUUAUAAUUUUUGGUGUAGUACUUUUGAUGCAUGCCCUAAAAUAAAUUCUCUUCUACUGCUUGUCCAAAGGUAGCAGCGUUUUCCUAAAAAUCACAGCUUUAAACUUGGUUAUUCUGGAGGCAAGUGUGAUGAGUAAGUUCACUCCAUAAGAAUCAAUAAGAAUUUCUUUUAUUCUAGCUGGGUGUGGUGGUGCGCAUCUGUAGUUCCAGAUACUCAGGAGGCUGAGGCAGGAGGGUCACUUGAGCCUAUGGUUUUUGUUUUUUUGUUUUGUUUUUUUUUUUUUGAAGCAGGGUCUCACUCUGCCACCCAGGCUGGAGUGCAGUGGCACAAUCAUAGCUCACUGCAGCCUCGACUUCCUGGGCUCAAGAGAUCCUCUCACCUUAGCCUGCCGAGCAGCUGGGACUACAGGCAUGCGCCACCUCGUCCGGCUAAUUUUUUUGAUAUUUAAUAGAGAUGAGGUCUUGCUUUGUUGCCCAGGAUGUUCUAACUCCUCAAGUGAUCCUCCUGCCUCAGCCUCCCAAAGUGCUGGGAUUACAGGUGUGAGCCACCGUGCCCAGCACAUGUCUUCUAAAAGUUGCUGUUUCUUCCUUUUCAGGAGUUCUUUCCCAUACUGUUCUUCUGGAUGACUCCUCGUCAUCCUUCGGAUCUCAAAUGAAAGAUCACUUAGAGAGGCUUGGCCUGACCACACAAUUCAAUUAGUUUCCUACCCCUUUAGUCUCUCUCAUAGACCCUGUUAUUUUCCUUCAUAUCAUUUAUCACAAGUCUUCAUAUAUUUAUUGCGUUGGAUACAUUCAAUUCUGUCGAUUUUCUUAGAAUGUAAGGUUUUCAAGGGCAAGGACUUUGUUUUCUUCACUUUUGUAUUCCUAGAACCUAGCACAAUGCCUGACACAUAGCAGGUGUUCCAUAAAUAUCUGCGGACUGACUGUCUAUUUCACUUAUCCUUGUUCCUUCUACUGCAUUUCAGUUCUUGCUACUGCAGUGUAACCUCUAAGAGACAGGAGAAAAUCAUAAUGCCCCCCUCCCUCCAUCACUGAGUUACUGAGACGGCGUCCUUGCACGUUUGAGCAGCUGCUGCCUUCUCCUUGGAGGCUGUCAAGUACCCCAAGGUGCACAAUAAUUCUAUUAGUAAUAGCGUGACUGAGGCAAAUCAGUAGAGCUGUCAGAAAUGUUUUCAAACUUACAUUCAUUGGGUUCUUGGGCACCUGAAACUGCAAACGAUUGCAUUACAAUUAAGUGAGAAUUAGCAGAAUGUUAAAGUUCUUUAACAAUUUGCGUAACAAACCGAGGCGUCCUACGCCAUCUCUCUGAAAUGAAAUUCGGAUGUAGACACUCUUGCGCUUCAGGACUCUGCGCUCUUGCAGCAGCUCCUCUGCCCAAUGGGGGGCGGCAGCAUCUCAGUAACUCACUCUAAAGACGUGUAGGCGGGAGGAGAAAUUCGCGUUCAACAUCUUUUUGCCUCUAUCCGCUCGCCGUAGCGCUUUAGCCCGCUCGAGUUUCAAUGCGCGCUGUUGCUUAACGAAGCAGAGUGCUACACACUGUCCGCUGCUCUCCUGAUCAUGGCUUCUCCGAGUUCUUUCACCUACUAUUGCCCUCCAUCUUCCUCCCCCGUCUGGUCAGAGCCGUUGUACAGUCUGAGGCCCGAGCACGCGCGAGAGCGGUUGCAGGACGACUCGGUGGAAACAGUCACGUCCAUAGAACAGGCAAAAGUAGAAGAAAAGAUCCAAGAGGUCUUCAGUUCUUACAAGUUCAACCACCUUGUACCAAGGCUUGUUUUGCAGAGGGAGAAGCACUUCCAUUAUCUGAAAAGAGGCCUUCGACAACUGACAGAUGCCUAUGAGUGUCUGGAUGCCAGCCGCCCAUGGCUCUGCUAUUGGAUCCUGCACAGCUUGGAACUGCUAGAUGAACCCAUCCCCCAGAUAGUGGCUACAGAUGUGUGUCAGUUCCUGGAGCUGUGUCAGAGCCCAGAAGGUGGCUUUGGAGGAGGCCCCGGUCAGUAUCCACACCUUGCACCCACAUAUGCAGCAGUCAAUGCAUUGUGCAUCAUUGGCACCGAGGAGGCCUAUGACAUCAUUAACAGAGAGAAGCUUCUUCAGUAUUUGUACUCCCUGAAGCAACCUGACGGCUCCUUUCUCAUGCAUGUCGGAGGUGAGGUGGAUGUGAGAAGCGCGUACUGUGCUGCCUCCGUAGCUUCGCUGACCAACAUCAUCACUCCAGACCUCUUUGAGGGCACUGCUGAAUGGAUAGCAAGGUGUCAGAACUGGGAAGGUGGCAUUGGCGGGGUACCAGGGAUGGAAGCCCAUGGUGGCUAUACCUUCUGUGGCCUGGCCGCACUGGUAAUCCUCAAGAGGGAACGUUCCUUGAACUUGAAGAGCUUAUUACAAUGGGUGACAAGCCGGCAGAUGCGAUUUGAAGGAGGAUUUCAGGGCCGCUGCAACAAGCUGGUGGAUGGCUGCUACUCCUUCUGGCAGGCGGGGCUCCUGCCCCUGCUCCACCGCGCACUGCACGCCCAAGGUGACCCUGCCCUUAGCAUGAGCCACUGGAUGUUCCAUCAGCAGGCCCUGCAGGAGUAUAUCCUGAUGUGCUGCCAGUGCCCUGCGGGGGGGCUUCUGGAUAAACCUGGCAAGUCGCGUGAUUUCUACCACACCUGCUACUGCCUGAGCGGCCUGUCCAUAGCCCAGCACUUCGGCAGCGGAGCCAUGUUGCAUGAUGUGGUCCUGGGUGUGCCCGAAAACGCUCUGCAGCCCACUCACCCAGUGUACAACAUUGGACCAGACAAGGUGAUCCAGGCCACUACAUACUUUCUGCAGAAGCCAGUCCCAGGUUUUGAGGAGCUUAAGGAUGAGACAUCGGCAGAGCCUGCAACCGACUAGAGGACCUGGGUCCCCGCAGCUCUUUGCACACCCCAUCUCCCCAGUCAGACAAGGUUUAUACGUUUCAAUACAUACUGCAUUCUGUGCUACACAAGCCUUAGCCUCAGUGGAGCUGUGGUUCUCUUGGUACUUUCUUGUCAAACAAAACCAAUGGCUCUGGGUUUGGAGAACACAGUGGCUGGUUUUAAAAAUUCUUUCCACACCUGUCAAACCAAAAAUCUAUCAGCCCACGUGGUGUGGUUGGUGAACAGUGCACGCCAGGAGGAGGCAGCCCCUCCUCACCAGCUCUCCAGCCAGGACGAUCACACAGAGAUGAAUGGCAUCUGAGUAUUACAGCAUCCAGAGCCACCGCUGACUCCCACUUGCACGCCACCAUUCAGUCACCAGACUGGGUGCCCUCCCAUGGGCGGAAGAAGUCUGCUCCAUGCCAAGGCUGGGCUUUGGGUCCCACCAAGAUGAAUUCUCUGUAAGACUGUGGUGGGGUUGCACCAGGAGGUGCCUCUGCCUCUCGACUUGCACCCUGGUCAUUUGCAAGGGAAAAGAGCUGGAGGUGGGGGUAGAAAGAUCUCCUUCAGUUGGGAGUCCUUCCACUUCAACACUGGAGAACUGAGCCUUGCAUCUCUCCAGGGUCCAAGGCCACCCUUGGUGCACAGGCAAGACUUGCUUCAGCCCCAGGUGUGGUGACUUAGACCUAGGAAACCAAUUAUGAGUGGAAAAUGAACCUCUAGUUCAACUGUGCCAGAGGAAGCAGCCCUCCAGUGCCCACCUGCCUCACUCCUCCCUGUCAUGUACCGUGAAAACCCCCUCUGAUGGCCUCAAGGCAGUGCCUGCAGGUCGAGGCCCUUCUGGGGGUUUCUAUCUAUCUUCCACCAGACUCCAAGCCCACUCUCCUCCAAGACUGUGUUGUCUUUUCUCACCCAGAGUAUUAACACUACUAAGUCUUUCACCUUAAUUUAUGACUCAGGAUUUAUUCACGUCCUGCCCACUCUAGGCUCACAGGAAUAAAAUCAAGUGCCAGACACACUGGCUGCCACUAAGGCACUAGCCUCUGGAGCUGGUGGUGGCAGUGCGGGGUGCCGCCCAGCGUGCUGGGUCCUGGCAGUGCCUCUGCUGUGCUGCACAUUGAGCCCUUUCUCGGUCAGUGGAGUGUCGAGUUGGGCCAUCUGUCCACUGACCUGGCCUUCAUGUAAGUAGCUGUGGGCUGCGGGCAGACAGGAGCUCAGAGGUGCAGCAUGAGGCUCUUAGAAAAACCUGGCCAUUUGCUGCCUCUAAUUCCCUUUUGCUUUGACAUAUUGGGCUAUGUAUUACCUCCUUGAAAUAAUAAAAGAAUAACAUUUUC